AAUCAGGCUAUCCUGCAGACUGGCCCGCACUCACCCCGUCUUGGCGUUAGCAAGGCGGAGGUGGCGUCUCCCUGGCUCUGAGCCCGGAGCGAGCGUGACUCACUGGGUUCACGUGACCCUUGGGGUUGGGUUGCACAUCCUGCUGGAGGCCUCAACAGCCUCACCACACACAGGACUUUUGACACAGCUCUGCCUUCUCAGGCAGUUACUUUCCAAAGUAGGCAGAGGCAUGGGAGGUGCGAAAGGGGAGAGACUGCCCCUCGCAUCGUCCCUCUUUGCUGCCAUCCAGGGCUGCUGUCACUGUGAUCAGAGUAUUCCCGCACCGCCACCAAGAUGUCAGUGGAAGCCAUAGAGAACGGGGAAGGAUUUGUGGCAGAUGCGCUCCUGCAGGAGUUUCAGUCGGAUGAGGAGGAAGAACCCUCCCAGCCAUCCUCUGCUGGUUCCACUCCGGGGGGUCCUCCUCAGGGGUCCCCGUCGGGGCCCGAUGGACCUGGCUCGGACUCCACUGACCCACCCACACACGGAAGAGAGAAGUUCUUCCACUAUGCAAAAAUGGCUGGUCUGGCUGUGACCGGAGGAGCGGUGGCCGUGGGCGCGGUGCCCGUGGUGCUGGGCGCCAUGGGCUUCACCGGGGCGGGCAUCGCAGCCUCCUCCCUCGCGGCCAAGAUGAUGUCAGCCGCCGCCAUCGCCAACGGGGGCGGGGUUGCCGCCGGUAGCCUGGUGGCUACUCUGCAGUCUGUGGGGGCAGCUGGACUCUCCUUCUCAUCCAACGCCCUUCUGGGCCUCGCCGGGUCCUGUAUCGGGGCCUGGAUAGGGCGUUCAAAAAAGGCAGACCCUUCCUCUCCACCAGCUGGACCCAGUGGAGGCGACUCUCAGGAUGGCAGCCCCUCCACUGACAAGCCCCCUGCCUCCCAAAACCACUCAGAGAAGGAGGAGAAAUAAAGACAAGAUGCCGUGACUCUC